AUGGGUUCCACCGAGGUGGCUUGCAAGACGGUGCUGCCGCGUAACUGCAGCCUUGAAGACCUCCGGCAGCACUCGCUGAAUAAUGGCGGCUGCCCAGAGAGCAAACCCAUGGAUGGACAGCAGAAGAGUGCUCACAGCCUGCAGGCAAUCCCGCCAAGCCAAGCGAGUUUUGCACCCAACUCGUGUGGGUUGCCCUAUCCCGUGCCCUAUCCUUAUGGCCCACCGGGAUUUGGGUUUGGCAUGAUGCCACCGUCAGGGUUUCCCUGCUGGCCUGUGGGCCCAAUCGGUGGCCAGCAGCAAGUGAGCGCCCCGCAACAGCAGUCUCAGGCACCACAGCAGAUACAGCAGGUGCAGCAACAGCGCCAGCAGCAGCAGUGCCAGCAGCAGCAGUGCCCUGUGCAGGACAAGAAAAAAUCGAAGAUGGGAAAGGAGGAGGCGGGGGAAGAUUUUGUGACCAGCUGUUUGCUGGACAAGCCUGUGGACGAGCUGCCUGUUGUGGUGAGUGCAGCUCCCACUCUGCCCCCUCCUCGUGCGUUGGCUGUCCGCGACCCAACGGCCAACAAUGGUCAGGGACAGUGCCAGGAGAACUGGGCAGAUUCCGAGACGACUCAAAAGAAGCAGGUGGACAUUGCUGGAAAGGAGCAGUCCCAGGCCUUGUUACAACCAGUGGUUGUGGAAGCAGAAAGAGAGGGCGGGCAGGACAGCAGCGAUGUGGCAGCGGAGAUGGUGCUGAGGACUGGUCUUCAGGCCCCAAAACAAUCUGACAGAAGCUGUGCGAAUGGUGCGCACUCUGAAGACGAUGGUGAUGCCUCUGGUGUACAAUGCGAAGGUGCCAGCAUGCUUACCUCACCAGACGCAGAAAAGGGAAGCUCCAUGGAAUCCCAGGUGGCCCCUGAGGGAGGUGCAUCUUGUGCCUCUCCAAGAGCUGACAAUGCCAGUGCAGCAGGGGAGGAUGUGUCAAACACGAAUGUGGAAGUGGGUUGCGAGCUAGCGGCAGGCAGCAAGGUAGACAAAGACACCAGCCCUGACGCAGGGGCAUUGCCAAAGGCCGAAGUGGGCCACAGCUUGCAAUCACCUGGAGAUGGAAUGUCUGCGAGCUCAAUAUCUGCUGCUGCAGCCAGCAGCAGGCCGGAAUCAAAGAAGAGCUGUGCUGUGGGCUCUGCUUCUGCACCUGCCGCACGUGGCACAGGGGGACAGGAGGUGGCAGGACCCAAGGCUGCGGCACCUGUGACGCCGACGUCGCCUCCCAAACCUGGUCCCUUGCCACCCCUUCAACGAUCGCACACCAGCCCUGGCAGCCUGCGCUCUGCCCUGGGCGUAUCUGGACAGAACAUGCAGCCCCCUGCCUGCCCAUUUCCCCCAAUGGUUGGGCUGCAGCGAGGGCUGGUGCCAAUGCCAGGGUCAGGCUCAGGCCUGCCUGGCCUGCUGCCAUUCCCUGGAAUGUUUCCAGGCCAGGGCAUGCCACCAUGGUAUGCGCCGUUUGGCCCGCCACUGCAAUUGCCUGGCACAAUGCAUGGGCCCAUGCCUGGUACUGUGCCUGGCGCUGCGCCUGGUGCCUACGGGUUUCUCCCCAACCCUUUGGUGGGUCAGAUGCCAUCGGUUGGGGUUGGAGUGGCCCAGGGCUUCCCUGUGAGCCCAGGGCCGGUGCCAUUGGGGCCAAUGGGCCAUCUGCAGGCCACAGGCAUGCAGGCAUCCGAGGGCAUGCGGAACUUGAUGCUUGGGCUUGUCCCGGUGUCUUCUGGGAAGGAAACCGCGGGCGCAGGUCCUUCAGGGGCCCUCGGCGGUGACACAGACAAGGCGAGCAAGAAGAAGGUGAAGCUGUCAACAAGCUGCCCCUCCCUGGGUGUGCUGGCAGGAAAGGGGCAGAAACGUCCUCGGAAGGCCAAGAAGCCGAAGGCCCAAGGCCCCAACGCUGCCAAGGAGGCCCUCCAGCUUGCUGGUGCAUCUAGCAAUGUUGUGGCACGUGGGGCUGGCUGUGGGCUGGAAAAGGAUGCGUCAGGUCUUGUGGUGGAUGUGGGGGCCGCGUCCCUGCCCGUGCCAGAUGGGAGUGUCCUGGGGAAAGGGGAGUCUGAGGGGAAGGCAGGAUCUUCGGCUGUGGAGGAGAUGCAGAACAAUGACAAUCUGUCGAUUGCGCAGAGGCGUCCAAAGAGAGUGCCCGGGGGCAACCCCCUGCAGAUCGAGUCUGUUUGCCGACUGUGCGACAUGAUUCGGAACAAUUCCACUGAGUUUGAGGCACAGGGCCGCAUCCUUCGCCUGAAGCAGUACUUGAAGGCUGACGCCAGGCCAAAUGUGAUGAACUCUGUGCUGGAGGCCCUGAAGGAGAAUACCCGGGUGGAGGCCCUGUAUAUCCAGAACUUUGAAUGGGGCAUGUACGACGAACAGCUGGAGCUGCUGGCUGAUGUGCUGAAGCAGCGGCGAAUAUGGGCACUCAAUGUUGGAGAGAACUUCCACACCAGUUUGCAGGCGUGGGAGGCUUUUGCAAUGGAACUUGCACACACGGACGUUGCUUACUUGUAUGUCAGCGAGCACCACCUGGUGCAUACCAACCUCAAGAGCAAGAUGAGGGACAUAAUUCGAGUUAACCGCAAACGGGCCCCUGCCAGAGACCCUGAGGUGAUAGCGAACAUCAAGAACAUGUGGUUCAACCCCAAGCUGCCUGGUGUAAAAAGAGCUGACUGGAGUCCGUCGCUGGCCAGCGACCUGGAUCCCGACUGGGCCUGCGGGUUGGAGCCUGAGGAAGGCGUCCCAGAGCUUGGAGAAGACCUCAGCCUCACCAAACAACAGUUGGCUGGAGUGCAGAAUAGGCACUUCGCAAGAAUGCCCGUACCAAGACAAGGUGCGAGUGGCCAACGUCGAACCACGACGCUGAGGGCCAAAAGGUUGCGGGGGCGGAAGAGCUUGAACAAGCAGAGGCAAGCGCACCUGAAGGCGUCAGCGACUGGUCUGCAGUCAAGGUCUGGUGCGGGAUCUCUACUGCCAGGGUCGCGUCGCGUGAAAGCAGGGGCAGCAUUGUUUGGGACCGAAGGGUCAGGUUCCGGGGCCGGCUCGGAAGUUAUCCAAAGAAUUGGAUGUACCAAGAGGGUGGUGGCAAGAAAGGGCAACUGGUCUCCUGUGAGUUCCAAUGGAAUGAGAUUGAGAUCGAGUGGAAGGAAACGCGUGUGGCACCUGAGCAAGGCACCGAAUUCCCCAUCUGUUGUUGAUGGGCUAGCCCCCAAACGGCGUUGUGUGGCAGAGGCGAGGUUGGACGACCUGCACGAAGCCGGGGAGCCAGAGGAGUGCGUAGUCACUGGGCACACGUGUCCCCACAAGAACGAGGGCGGUGGGCGUGCAACGUUUGCUGAUGUGGUGAAUGCUGGGCUCAUCUGUCCAGGGAAGUACAGAUGGACGGUGGGCCAAGAUCAGUCCGUUGAAGUGGACAUCAGCAACGACGGGGCCAUCCUCUACAAGGACGCCGACUACUGCUCGAUAUCAAGUUUUGCAUUGUCAGUGAUACGGGAAAGGAACCCUGGUCGACGGUCGUGCGACGGCUGGAAGGAUGUCAAAUGGAAGGGCCAGCGGCUGGAGGUGCUGAGGGAGCAGUUCCUGAUGCAGCAGCGGGCUUGA